AAGAAAGAAUUCAGAGAAAAACACAAAUACACACUUCCAACCAAAAGCUCUAUAUGGCAACUACUUCCACUCUAUUCAUUCAAGAAUUUGCUGAGAACUUCCACUAGUCAAGAAGACUACUUCUAAUACCAACUACAAUACCACCCCGAGGCCACCAUGGCACCGCCACCGGCGGCCGAAAUCAGCCACGUCAACACAUUUGAUGCAAAUGUUAUUAUGGUCUUGUCAGUACUUGUAUGUGCCUUGAUUUGUUUACUUGCCUUGAAUUCUAUCAUAAAGCGUGCAUUAAGAUGCUCCAACUUGGUAUCAGCGUCAAACUCAUCCUCAAACUAUAGAAAUCCUUCAGCAUCAAAGCUAGCUAAUACCGGAAUCAAGAAAAAAGCCCUCAAGACAUUCCUAGUUAUAACUUACACUACCGAACUGAAACAUCCAGGGGUUGACACUGAGUGUGUAAUUUGCUUAUCAGAUUUUGUUGCUGGAGAGAAAGUUAGGGUUUUGCCUAAGUGCAACCAUGGGUUCCACGUCCGAUGUAUCGAUAAAUGGCUAAAUUCACACUCUUCUUGCCCUACUUGUAGGCAUUACCUAAUUGAAACUUGUCAAAAAAUUGUUAAUGGUGGUAGUUCUUCUACUACAAGGUCAAUUGCAAACCCUCAUAUAGUUAGCAAUACCUCAUCAACAGUACCAGUCCAAGAAAUUAUUAUAAGAAUUGAACCUCUCCAACGUGAAGGUGUGGUGUCUAACAAUCAAAUUUAGGUAGAAAAAUAGGAGUAAUAUUGAUUGAUAUGUAUCACACACUCAAUUAGAAGCUUAGGUUUUUAGUUAAUUGUUUAGUUGUUUUUUUUUCCUUGUUGGGAGAGUUUUAGCGAGCUAGAGGUAGCAUGAGGCCAACGACAGUGUAGUCUUCAAAUGAUAAAUUAGUCUUGCAAGUGUACAAAGAAAUUAAAUUUUAUUCCGUUUCUUUUG